UUCCUCUCCUACAGCAGACAGGUACUCUAGCUGUCAUGGCAUCUUCAUCUCUAUCAGUCGUGUUGCUCCUGUGCCUGGCCUCGGCGGUGUCGGCGCAGCUGUCGUCCACGUACUACGACAAGUCGUGCCCUUCGGCUCUUUCCAAAAUCCAGGCCGGCGUGGCGGCAGCCGUGGCGAGCGACCGCCGCAUGGCCGCGUCGCUGCUCCGGCUGCACUUCCAUGAUUGCUUUGUCCAGGGCUGUGACGCGUCCGUUCUGCUGAAUGAAACUAGCGUGGGUGGCAACGAGCGGGGCGCAUUCGGGAACGUGGGAUCGCUCCGUGGCUUCGAGGUCAUCGAACAAAUCAAGAAGGAUGUGGAAGCCGUGUGCAAAAAGCCCUACAGCAACAAUGGCUCCGUCGUCUCCUGCGCCGACAUCCUCGCCGUCGCCGCCCGCGAUUCCGUCGUCGCGUUGGGAGGGCCGUCGUGGGAGGUUAAACUGGGAAGGAGGGACUCCACCACGGCUAGCGUGGCACAGGCCAACCAGGACCUGCCUCCGCCCUUCUUGGACGUCGCCGGCCUCAACGCCAGCUUCGCCGGCAAGGGGUUCAGCUUGACCGACAUGGUCGCCCUCUCCGGCGGCCACACCAUCGGGAUGGCGCAGUGCCAGAACUUCAGAAACAGGCUCUACAACGAGCCCAACAUCAACACGACCUACGCGACGAAGCUCAAACUCAACUGCCCCACGUCUGGCGGCAACACCAACCUGGCCCCGCUCGACGACGACACAGCGACCCCCCCGAACCCGGACUUGUUCAACAACGACUUCUUCAUAAACCUCCAGUCAGAGAAGGGCCUCCUUCACUCCGACCAGGUGCUCUACAACGCCACCGCACCCGCCGGUGCCACCGAAGGCAUCGUUAAUGGCUUCGCUUCUAGCCAGGCCGCCUUCUUUAGCGCCUUCGCCUCCGCCAUGGUGAAGAUGGCCAACCUCAGCCCGUUGACUGGCUCUCAGGGCCAGGUCAGGACCGUGUGCUCCAUCCCCAACUAAUUAAGAAUCACCAUUUAAUAUGCACCCAAAUGACAGCGCGCGUGCACCAACAACCUGCUGCGGCUCAGAGUCCAACCGUAUUUUUGCUGUACAAUGAACCAUGUCCUG